CAGUGAAGAAGAUUAAAGAAAUGGGAAGUACAAAGGGUGCAAGGUGGACUUUUCCAGAAGAAAUAUUGAUGAAUUUUGCUAAAGAGAAUUUCCACAAGGAAGAAGGACGAUUUGCUUUUGCAAUUGUCAUAUAUGGUACCGUGAUUUUUCCAUGUGCUGGUGGAAAUAUAGAUAGAGGUGUGAUUAAGAUGGUUAAUCAUGUUAAGCAUCAAGCGACUCCAGUGCCUGCCAUAUUAUGUGAGACUUUCCGGUCCCUUAAUCACUGUCGUGUUUCUACGGAAGGGAGGUUUAUUGGGUGUGCUCAGUUGCUUGGGAUCUGGCUUAUUAGUCACCUAAAGUAUGACAAGACAGUUGGGGCUCCUUUUGUGCAGUUCCAAAAGGAUGAUUGUCAGUUGAGAGAUCCUAUUAGUGAUUUCGAAAAGGCAAGAUUGCAGCCUUUAAAGCCUUCAAUGGAGAAGUGGAGUUGUUUUUUGUCUAGUUUGGAUGAAAAGAAGGUAUACAUGAGAGCCCUAUGGCAUAAAACAGACGGAUUGAUUUAUAGGUGUGGUGAUUUCGAUUGGGUUCCACUUAUAGGCCCUUGGGGAAUUACAAGUCAGGCACCGGCCAUGUUUCUCCAACAAAUAGGUGGGAAUCCAUGUAGACCAGUCACUUUUCAGUUGAAGGAGUUUGAAUUCUCCCUUGAAGAGGAAAAAGCAAAGGCGUUAGUACGAAAGAUAGUGGAGGCUUGGAGUGCCCCUCAAGGAGUAAGAAAAGGUCCGCGAAAUAUUUAUGGAACUGUUCAAUACAAGGCAUGGCACGCAAAAAGAGGAAAAUCUUAUACAGAUUAUGAUAUGUCUGAUGAGGGAAGAAGGAAAGGAAAAGGAAAGUUAGGUGGAGGAGAUAAUGGGGAAGAAAAGCAUUCUCAGGAAAAUGAAGCCAUACUCAAGGAGGUCAUUGAGGAAGAAGAUGAAGAUGGAAGGGUUUCUUAUCCAGAUUUUGUCCCAGACAGAGGUGAAGAAGUAAUGGUGGAAGAAGAAAUUCAGGAAAUGGAUGGAGAUUUACAGAUGGAGGACACAUCAAGUGAUGAUGAAAUGGUUAGAGGACCAUCUGGAUAUCCUGACAAAGAGGCGAAGAUAAUGUGGAAAAUGCUGCAAACUAUGACUGAGAAAUAUAAAAAGUAUAAAGGAAAGUUUAGAAGGAUGAAAGCUGAGUUUGUCAAGAGCAAGAAAAUGAAGCUGCAAGAAGAUUUGCAAAUGGAAAAAGAAAGGGGCAAUCUUCAGGAAGAGUAUACCAAGAUGAAAGAGCAAGUGAGAAGUAUGAAAGGAGAACUUCAAGAGGCGCGAAAGGAAAUUACUCAAAUGAAGGGAACAAUUGUGACAUUGGAGGAGUUAAGCUACAAUGCUAAGAAGGAGAUAGUUGACAAAGUUGAUAAGUUAAAGAGGAAUAAGGUGGAGAUCAACUCUCUGAAAGAACAAAUGGAGUAUGCCAUUUCAGAAAGUCAAAAAUUCCAGAAGUUGUAUGAGGCAGACGAAGAUUUCAUUCAGCAAAAAGAGGCAGAGGUAGAAGAAUUGAAUCAACAGAAUGAUUUCUUACAUGAUGAAUUGAAUGAAUUUCAACAGAAGCAACAAGGCAUAGAGGACAAGAUCAAGUUAAUUAUGAGUCGAGCAUUGCAGUUAUCAGAAUGGGCUCACAGCUAUGAAAAACGGAAAAAUCAUAAAUAAUCAUAGCGCCCAAGAAGCACCAUCGACACCCCUAUCAGACUCGCC